AUGUCAGCAUCAAUAACCAUAAAAUAUAUAUCCCUUUCAGCAUACACCACCGAAGAAACUCCUGCGCACACCAUAGCUCCGACCGAAUCGACAACAGCGCCCAUUCAACCAACACCAGUUGCAACUCAAGCGGACACUCAAGCAACUCUUCCCAACACAUUUGCAACACAAAGUAUCACCGUAACAACUCAACCAACAUCAGCUGCAACUGAAGGAGUGACUGAAGGAACUGUCGCCGAAACCGUUGCUACUGAAGGAACUCAACCAACAUCCGCUGCAACCGAAGGAGUCACUGAAGGAACUGUGGCCAAGACUGUUGCUACUGAAGGAACUCAACCAACAUCAGCUGCAACCGAAGGAGUGACUGAAGGAACUGUCGCCGAAACCGUUGCUACUGAAGGAACUCAACCAACAUCACCUGCAACCGAAGGGGUCACUGAAGGAACUGUCGCCAAGACUGUUGCUACUGAAGGAACUCAACCAACAUCCGCUGCAACCGAAGGAGUCACUGAAGGAACUGUGGCCAAGACUGUUGCUACUGAAGGAACUCAACCAACAUCAGCUGCAACCGAAGGAGUCACUGAAGGAACUGUGGCCAAGACUGUUGCUACUGAAGGAACUCAACCAACAUCCGCUGCAACCGAAGGAGUUACUGAAGGAACUGUGGCCAAGACUGUUGCUACUGAAGGAACUCAACCAACAUCCGCUGCAACCGAAGGAGUCACUGAAGGAACUGUGGCCAAGACUGUUGCUACUGAAGGAACUCAACCAACAUCACCUGCAACCGAAGGGGUCACUGAAGGAACUGUCGCAAAGACUGUUGCUACUGAAGGAACUCAACCAACAUCAGCUGCAACCGAAGGAGUGACUGAAGGAACUGUGGCCAAGACUGUUGCUACUGAAGGAACUCAAC